AUGGCUGAAGAAUCAUCGGACAGAGGUGGAUUUUCGCGCGGUUUUGGCCGCGGCGGCGACCGAGGAGGUCGCGGUGGUGACCGAGGAGGUCGAGGCGGCGACCGAGGUGGUCGCGGUCGCGGUGGUGGUCGCGGCGGUCGCGGUGGCAGAGGUGGGAAGGACGAGAAAGACGUCUGGACGCCGUGCACAAAGUUAGGGAGAUUGGUCCAAGCGGGCUUUUGCGCAAGCGCGAGGAUUUUCGAAACGUCCUCCCGGUUUCAUCGAUGCGAAGACCUAACGCUCACCAAAACGCUUCACUCUUAUUCUACUAUUAUUAAACAGGGCAAAAUCAAAUCGCUGGAGCAAAUCUACCUCCACUCCAUCCCGAUCAAAGAGUACCAAAUCGUCGAUUACUUCAUCGGCGCCAACUUGGUGGACGAAGUCAUGAAGAUCAUGCCGGUGCAAAAGCAAACCUCCGCGGGUCAACGCAUGCGAUUCAAGGCGUUCGUCGUCGUCGGGGACAGCAACGGUCACAUUGGUUUGGGCGUGAAAGCGUGCAAGGAAGUCGCGCACUCUAUUCAAGGUUCUAUGAUUUUGGCCAAGUUGAACAUGGUUCCGGUGAGAAGAGGCUAUUGGGGCGCCGCGCUCGGCGCGCCGCACACCGUGCCGACUAAGGUUCACGGCAAGUGCGGUUCCGUUCACAUUCGUUUGAUUCCUGCGCCGAAGGGUACUGGUGUUGUUGCCGCGCAAACGCCGAAGAAGGUUUUAGUCAUGGCGGGUAUUCACGACGUGUUUACGUGCUCCAGAGGCCACACGAGAACGUUGGGUAACUUUGUGAAGGCGACGUACUUCGCGUUGAGAUCUACGUACGAGUUCUUGACUCCGGACUUGUGGGCGGAGAACAAGUGGCAAAAAGCGCCGGCGCAAGAGUAUACCGACUUCUUGUCCGCGCCGCCGAAGAAAGUUCGUCACUACGACGACUACUAA